AGAUUAUAGACCAAUCCAAACACUGCAAACCACACUAAUAUAACCCGUUGGUAUCACUUUAGUACUCUCACUACUCCAAUAUGGAGUCUUCAGCCGAUGAUAGCAAUAACGUGCAUCGCAGUGCUGAUGAAUGUUUAGAAAUAGCCAUGGAGGUACACAAAGUUGUGCCACCGCCCCACAAGAGCACCGUAGCCAAAAUCAAGUCCCGGCUUAAAGAAACCUUCUUCCCUGAUGACCCUCUGCGCCAAUUCAAAGGGCAACCACUGAAGAAGAAAUGGAUUCUUGCAGCUCAGUAUGUAUUCCCUAUUCUUCAAUGGGGUCCUAAUUACAGCUUUGAACUCUUCAAAUCUGAUAUUGUUUCCGGCCUCACAAUUGCUAGCUUGGCCAUUCCUCAGGGAAUAAGCUACGCGAAACUUGCAAGUCUACCACCCAUUGUGGGUCUUUAUUCAAGCUUUGUACCUCCUUUAGUAUAUUCUGCACUCGGGAGCUCAAGGGACCUUGCAGUAGGGCCUGUGUCUAUAGCUUCUCUUAUAUUGGGAUCAAUGCUUAGACAAGAAGUGUCCCCCACCCAGGAUUCUACCUUGUUCCUUCAGCUUGCUCUCACUUCGACCUUCUUUGCUGGUCUUUUCCAGGCUUCUCUUGGAUUAUUAAGGCUUGGGUUUAUCAUAGAUUUUCUUUCAAAAGCUACUCUUAUUGGAUUCAUGGCUGGAGCAGCUAUCAUAGUGUCUCUUCAGCAACUCAAAGCCCUCCUUGGAAUCACUCACUUCACCACACAAAUGGGGUUGGUUCCUGUUCUGAGCUCUGUCUUUCACAACACGAAGGAGUGGGCAUGGCAAACGAUACUCAUGGGAUUUUGCUUCCUGGUGUUUCUGCUAUUGGCAAGACACGUUAGCAUGAGAAAACCAAGGCUUUUCUGGGUAUCAGCAGGAGCUCCACUUGUGUCUGUCAUCCUCGCCACCCUGCUGGUUUUUGCAUUUAAGGCUCAACAUCAUGGCAUAAGUAUUAUUGGGAAAUUACAAGAAGGACUGAAUCCUCCAUCGUGGAACAUGUUGCAAUUUCGAGGUAGUCAUCUGGGACUUGUCGUGAAAACUGGGAUUAUCACUGGGAUUAUUUCGCUCACUGAAGGAAUUGCAGUGGGGAGGACAUUUGCAAGUUUGAAAAAGUACCAAGUUGAUGGUAACAAAGAGAUGAUGGCAAUUGGUGUGAUGAACGUGAUCGGGUCGUCCACUUCCUGUUAUGUUACGACAGGAGCAUUUUCAAGGUCUGCUGUGAACCACAAUGCAGGAGCCAAAACAGCUGUUUCUAAUAUAGUGAUGUCAGUGACAGUGAUGGUCACUCUCCUAUUCCUCAUGCCUCUAUUCCAAUACACCCCAAAUGUUGUAUUAGGCGCUAUCAUUGUCACUGCAGUGGUCGGGCUUAUUGACAUCCCCGCUGCUUACCACAUCUGGAAGAUUGACAAAUUUGAUUUUCUUAUCAUGCUCUCUGCUUUCUUAGGAGUCAUUUUCAUCUCUGUCCAGGAUGGUCUUGCCAUUGCAGUUGGUAUAUCCAUUUUCAAGCUUCUCCUGCAAAUUGCUAGGCCAAAAAUAGUCAUGCUUGGGAACAUACCGGGGACAGAUAUUUAUCGCAACCUUCAUCAUUAUAAGGAAGCCAUUACGAUCCCUGGUUUCCUCAUUUUGAGCAUUCAGUCUCCAAUAAAUUUUGCAAACUCCACAUAUCUCACUGAAAGGAUUUCCAGGUGGAUACAAGACUAUGAGGCCGACCAAGAUUUGAAAAAGAACUCCACCUUGAAGUUUCUUGUUCUGGACAUGUCAGCUGCGAGCGCCAUAGACACAAAUGGUGUGUCCUUCUUUGGAGAGUUGAGAAAAGCAAUGGAAAAGAAGGGUGUGGAGGUUGUGCUGGUGAACCCUCUGGGUGAAGUGAUUGAAAAAUUGCAGAGCUCAAACGAGGCCCACAAUUUCAUGAGGCCAGAUUCCCUUUUCUUGACACUUGGAGAGGCAGUUGCUUCGCUUUCAUUACCAAUCAAACCUCACUCAUCCAUCAACAACUGAGCAUGAAGAACUCCACCUUGUAUUUC